CUCUGAGAGAGCUGCGCCUGCGCAUUGUGCUGGUCUCCAUGGCGGGGCCUCGGAGCCAAGACGAGAGAAAAUGCUACUGUGAAGACACAGUUAUAGCUUCCCAGUAAAUGAAGAUAUACUUACUACGAUUUAGUGACCCUGAAAGGAAGAACUUCAGUGAAAACAAAAGGCAUUUCUAGGGUAGUAGAAUGCUUGAGGCCUGGAAUUUAAACUUGAGCUACUGCCUGAAGCUGUUAAAUAAUAGGACAAAAUGGAAUUGAGUACGAUGCCAGCAUGGAAGAGUCUAAGGGUUCAUUAAAAGUCAACUGUAAUGAUGGUGAAUCAUCCAGGAUAGAUGCACAAGAGUUUGAGCAUCUAGCCUGUAUGGACACCAGGGAUCCUUCCUUUAGACAAAAUGAUUCUCCUGCAGUUUUGCCAAUCACUACACCUGAACCAAAUAAUCCACUAACAUCACAGGAUAUCCCAGGACCCCUUACUCAGACCCCAAGUCUUUCUGCUGAGCAGUUCCAUCUAGUGGAUCAAAAUGGGCAGCCUGUCCAAUAUGAACUUCAGUCAUUGGGGGAUUCACAAAUGAUGAUCGUUGCUAGCCCAUCAGAGAAUGGACAGGUGCUUCAUGUAAUUCCAUCUACCCAGACAGGAAUGGGACAAGUGAUUAUACCUCAGGGGCAGCUUAUGGAUGCAAAUAGUCCUCAGGAUAUCUCUGAAGAGAAAGCUAAUGAUGGACGUGUACUAAGAAUGGAUGCUCUGGCAGACAGCACCAGUAGUUACGUCCUUCAUCCACAUGCAUCCCUCACAUUGCCUAGAAAGUCUGUAACCAGAAUGCUUGAGGAACCUUUGCUAGCUCCUCUCCAGCCUCUUUCUUCUAAUACACCUAUAUGGGCCUGCCGUCUUAGGAGCUGUGAGAAAAUUGGAGACUCAUACCGUGGCUACUGUGUAAGUGAGACUGAAUUAGAAAGUGUCCUAACAUUUCACAAGCAGCAAACACAGAGUGUUUGGGGGACUCGCCAGUCUCCAAGCCCAGCCAAGCCUGCUACACGCUUGAUGUGGAAAUCCCAGUAUGUCCCAUAUGAUGGAAUCCCCUUUGUCAAUGCAGGGAGUAGAGCUGUGGUAAUGGAGUGUCAGUAUGGGCCAAGGAGAAAAGGUUUCCAGUUAAAAAAAAUCAAUGAACAGGAAAGUGGGUCAUGUCAGCUCUACAAAGCCACCUGUCCAGCCAGGAUUUAUAUUAAAAAGGUGCAGAAGUUUCCUGAAUAUAGAGUACCCACAGACCCCAAAAUUGAUAAGAAAAUAAUCAGAAUGGAGCAGGAAAAAGCCUUUAACAUGCUAAAGAAGAACUUUGUAGAUGCUGGUGGUGUUCUUAGGUGGUAUGUACAGCUACCUACACAGCAAGCUCAUCAGUAUCAUGAAUUAGAGACGCCUUGCCUCCCUUUGUCACCUUCCCUUUUUCCUAUUUCUUCUCUUGAAGAAGAGGAAACUGCAGUCAGAGAUGAGAACUGUACAUUACCCUCACGUUUACACCCUCAAGUAGCACAUAAGAUUCAAGAGUUAGUAUCACAGGGCAUAGAACAAGUAUAUGCAGUGAGGAAACAGCUAAGAUUUCAGCUUCAGUGGACUACAGAUAGUGGAAAUAUUCUGAGAGAGACUGUGACAGUUACAUUUGCAGAAGGAAAUGCACCAGGAGAAUCAAUUCCCACCAAAGUGGAAACAAAUCAGACAGGGACUUCUUUGUCUCCAGAGCCAACUCACUUGCUUUCCUCACUUUCAUUUCAGCCCAAAAUAUUUACACAACUACAGGGUUUGCCGUUACAACCAAGAUUCACCUCUCCAGAUGAGUCACCAGCUGUGUUAUCAGUAGAUAACCAACGCUCCUCCAGUCCUUCAAGACUUCUGGAUUCAGUAGAAAGUACUUCAGUAGACAAUAAUUCUCUUCUGCGUGGUCAAAGUCCUAGCCAUCCAACAGAUACAUGCCUAACCCAAAAGAAUAGUACUGUGUCUACUGGGGGUAACCUCCAAGGACCAGAGCAAAAUCUAGUGGCUGUGGACCAGCUGAUGGAAGUUGGAGAUGUCGAGGAUACAGGGAAUCUGGACGGAAGUAUGCAUCAGAUAUUGUUGGGAGAUGUGCACACUGUUCCAAUACAGAUUAUAGACAACCACCCAGCUCUUAUUGAAGAAAAUCUAGAAUGUACUAUAUCUGUCAAUCAAGUUAAGCAAGAACCCAAAGAACCAACAUUGUCUAUAGUACCAAAAAUGAAUCUGGACUGUAAGAAAUUAUCUGCUACAUAAAUUUUCCAAGCUUUCAGAAUUUACAACUCUGAUGACUUCUCAUGUCUUAAAAAAGAAG